CAUAAAGCACCGCGUCGUCUGGCUUUCGAAGCACAUGGCUGGACUCGAUCAUUUGACCGAUGUUUAGUGUCCGGCCUAGUUUCGAUGCUUUGACAUUUGGACUGGAUCGGACGCCAAUGGGGCAGUUCACGACCUUAAAGUACCGUCGCGGGGCAUGCCAUUGCUGGAGCCGCGAGGUCGUAGCCACGUCCCACGUGUCACCUGGCAGCAAAUGCUGCACCACUUGAGUUUGCAGCAGCGUCACCAGUUGGACCAGACUCGACUCUUGUGGGCGGGGCGACAAUUCGACGACGGCAGUGGUCGGGACGUGAUGCACGAGCGCGUGCCACAGCUGUUUGAACGUCGCCGCCGACAGCUGGCAGUGGUUGUCUCGGUAGUACAAGUGCCACGCUUCGUACAGCACGACCAGCUGCUCGGGGGAGCUGCCACGUAUGGUACCUUCAUUUUGAAACCGCCCGAGCACUGCCAGCACUUGGUCACUUGUGAUGGGCUUUUUCAAGUCCAACAACGACGACUGGACAUCCUCGACAGUCCACGGAAACAACUCUGCGUGGAGAUUCAGCUCUGGAUGCGGCAGGAACUGCAUGACGAGGUGCCGCCGGGACACGAGGAAUCGGCACAAAACCUCCGUGUCUUCUUCGUGAUGACGACACUCGAGGCUCUGAAUGACAUGCUCGGCACGUUUCUGGGUUGUGGGGUAAAAGAUCUCGGUGCCGGCCACUUGGGUUUGCAUGGCUUCGUGGUGAAUCAGUUUCAACAUGUCUUCGUCGAUGCUGUCGAGGUCUACGGUGGACAAGCUUGUCAGCAGCGCGUGCAAUCGCUGCGCCAACGAAGACGAGUCGUCCGACAUGCCGAGACCGACAGACGCGGGGGGCACGCCAAGCGGAACCGCCAGAUCUGUCGACAGCACAGACGACAGCGGCUGAAAGUUAGCGCGCAGAAUUCGAAGCAACGCGACGAUGGAGUGGCCGCCUUGGGUGUCCACGUCCUUUUCAAACGCGGCGUGGCGGAGCAGCGAGUGCAGCAGCACAAACGUCAGCACGUGGGUCCACACAGCUCCAGACGAUACCGCAACCCUAGUUCGAGGACAGCCAACAAGUGCCUCGCAACAUGACGAUCGCAAGUACACCAUGGCCAUCCGUUCCAUAAACGCCAAGAUACGGCCACUGAUGCUGGGGGCGUCCGUGUCGACCUGCAAGGGGGGGGUUCGUGGUAGAGCAAGUUGGUUGAGACGGGGCUCGGUUCUCCAGCCACUGUCGUGCAACACAUGACCAUGCAGGUUGUUUUGACCAGUAGAUGACACGUCAAACACCAAGUUUCCUUGGCCUUCUGAAAACGUAUAGUGGGCAAUCGUUGCUUGCGAACGCUGCGGGUCGUCUCUAAAUACCUUGACUUGGCCAAUGUCUCCAGCCCACGGCGCCAUCAACGGAACCUCACAUGGCACAUUGCCCACGUACAAGUCGACGAGGCCGGGCGUGGCCGCGUCCAAGUGCGUGCCGCUGGAUGGGAGGGUUUCCACCGCGUGACCAUCCACAUGGAACACGACCUGGCUCGGCGUGUAGCUCCAUCCAAGGGUCGUCCACAUUGACGAUAUCUCGACGUAUCGUGCUGUGGUGGUAAACUGGCGGUCUUUCGUUCGUACAGACAGGCGGCCGUCGGCCGUGACGCCCCAUACGAAUGCAAAAACGCCGCCAGAGGGAGACGCACACGCGGCGAGGACCUGCAUGCGUCCCGCUGGGGAGGACGAGCAGCCAUCACCACCCAUCCGGACCGUCACUUGCAUGUGAAACUCGUCGGGCCAUGUCACAACCGACUGAAACAGGGCUGGGACGUACAGGGGGCCUCCAGAGGACGGGGAAAAGUAUGUGACGACGUCGGGCGAGUCGAGCGGGGUUGUGAGCGCCAGGGUCACCGUGUGCGACGGGGUGACUGGGUUGUUGAAGUGGGGAUGGCGCGCACAGGACAAGUCGGUCGAGUCGACACUUGGCUUUCGUUCCUUGACGUACUUGGCAACAUCCUUGGCCGUCCAUGCGCGCGUGGGAUACAGCAGCAUGUGCUGUAAAUACCCGCGGAACCCCUUGUAGUCGGUGGACGCUUUUUUCACACCAGGCGGGGACUUGCCGAAACAGAACGGAUGGCUGUUGUGCACCACCACGUCGUUCAGCGACAGCGUUCGGUCUUCUUUGCCCUGGAUGUACAGCCGCAGCGUCACAUUGUCGCAUACGAUAGCGACGUGGGUCCAUUGGUUGGCAGUGAUGGGGCCAGUGGAGACGAGCGUCGAGUUCCAAUCCGACUUGGUUGAUACACACACUGCCAGCAAGAGCCGAUCGUAGCUCAAAAAUACACUUGCCGUGCGUUCCAUGGUUUGGUCUUGGCCCUUGAGACAGAUGGUGCGCCAUGGACGCGGCUCACAGUUGUCUUGGGUUGCCAGGGGGUACACAAAGAAGCUGAGGGUCCAUGCUUUGGGCGCCCACUGGAUGGACGGGUGCGGGCGGCACACGGCGCCCUGGACCGAUGAAAACUCGGUGCAGUCGCCGAUAAACUCGACCGAUCUUUGGCCAUCCCCCGCAGGUGCAGCACUCACAACAACUGGACCGAGGUGUCCAAGGCUGGUAAACACGCCCGGAUACAUGCCGGCGUACCGCGUAAAGAGAGAUGAUCGGAACGACCGCCUGCCGAUGCCCACGCCGGGCACGAGGAACUCUUCUCGAAGGGCUGGUGGAAGAGGCAGACGCAACGUGGAUUGCUCGACCGCAAAUGUCAGCGUAUUCUGGUCCAAGUCAAGAACGCAGGAAACCUGACGCCAAGUUAGAGGGACUGGCGUCGGGAGCGACCCCAGGACGUGGUAGUUGAAGUACACGGACGUGCCGUCGAACCCGAUCGAAGCCGCGUCGUCGCCGAGCAAGACGGAUGGAUGUUGGCGUUGCAACGUCGUCCAGCCCACUCGAAACGGCCAGGGUCGGGAUGUGACGGGGUCGAUUGUCUCGAUCGAAUACGUUCGAGUGCCCGAGCUAUGAGGACGCCAUCCAAUCGCGGCGACGUUCGUGCACUCGGAAGUAUCUGCCGUGAUCGUGGCGCCGUCGAUUGCGAGAAUCGAUCCGGCCGUCGGAGGAGCGUGGAGACAGACCCAGCGAGCGGCAGACACGGGCUGGGCGUCCAAGGCCGCUUCGUGCUCGGCCGCAGCGGUCAGAUGAACGAGAUCGAGGUAUUUUCUCCCGGCAUCGGUUGCAUCCACGAUCGCUUGAAAGUGGGACUCAAACCGCGAUACAUCAUCCUCGGACAACAUGGCGGCUUUGAGAAGGACGAGCAAUUCCAAACAAACGGACUCGUCGCGAGGGUCGUGCUUUUGCCUCAAGUACCCCGAUAUCGCAUGAAAGAGGACGGGUUCGAAUUCUUUGAGAACUGCCAGCGCAUCUGUGAGGUCUGUGGUCGUCGAGGGCACAGCGUCGACAGGCGCGGGCUCGUCAUGGGGUGGCGGCUCGUUGGACACUUGCGUUGGCAACACCGGUGACGCAACGGCGUCCGUC